CUCUUUCUCUCUCUCCCAGUUCCCAAGACAAAGGCCAGAGGCAGAGGCUCUGCACCACCACAUCUUCAAGCUAAGGGACGACCUGACCUGACUGCCUUUGCAAGCUGUAGAGCAGAAUCGUGCGGGCAGCGGACGCGGGGUCCGUGAGGGCGGACCAGAUCGACCUCAAAAGCCUGGACGAGCAGCUCGAGCGCCACCUCGGCCGCCCGGCAGAGCGGGGCGGCUCGCCACCGGGGCGCAGACCGGGACGGGGAGCCGCCGAGCUGAGGAGCUGACGAGGAGCUGCAGACGCCGCUGCGGCAGUGCCGGGAGGACUGGGAGAUCGACCCCGCCAAGCUCGUCAUCAAGGGCGUCAUCGCGCGCGGUACCUUCGGCACCGUCCACCGCGGCGUCUACGACGGCCAGGACGUCGCCAGUAUCGUGCCAGCUUCCACACUUCCUUUACACAGCUAACACAUACGCGCCCGUAGCCAGAACGGUACCGUGCGUGCCAGCCCGGCACGAUGCGGCCCGCCGUGCCUUGGUGCCGUGCCUGGGCGUCGCUGGAGGCGACUCGUGCCGGCACGGCACCCACAGCUCCUCGUGCUAAUUUUACACGCUUCUUCCUAGUUUGCGCCUUAUUACUACCUUAUGUGACUAGAUCUGCAUUAGAGGAUGCAUGAUUAAUUCCUUGUCCCUUUGUGCCAACAACUUGUUCAACAGGCCGAUGGCUGGGGAGAAUUCCACUGGAAGCUGCCCGGGCGAUUUGGUGGCCUCAUUCGAAAAGAGCAUGGAAGGGAAGAUGUGGCGUGUGAACGCGCUUCUGCUCGCCAGCGCCAUCUUGGCGGGACUCAUAGUUGGGAUAGGCGCCUAUGGCCAGCGCUACCGCCACCACCGCUUCACCCGCUUUGUCUUUCUCGGAGCCACCACACUGUUCUUGCCAAUCAUCUCCACCGUCGUCACCAUGCACUACUCCAUCAUGGACAUGGACUUGUUUAAUCAGUUGACUGUAAAGUGCGAAGGAACCUCGGUCAUAUUAUGGGCAUUCCUUUUUCAGAUCAUCAUGAUCAAUACCAGCGUAGUAGUCGCUGUUGAUGACAGAGAAGGUCGAAACAUAGGUCCUCCUUUUGAGCUGCUUGUUCAGGGGGUUUGGACCUUUUACCUUGCUAUCAGCUACGAAUUCGGAUUUAACCUGAAUUUUGUUCUCUAUGAAUUCGUAUCUUUUGCUCUCAUCUGUGCCAAAAUGGUAUUAAAAUAUUAUGCAUUUAUAAAGGCACGGGAAUCCUUUGCACUCGGACGGAAUCCUCGUCUUAUUUUUGGAUACAUGCAACAGCUACUACCACAAGAAGCAAGUCAACAUGAUGAACCAUCCGUAUCUGAGGAUGCACCUCCUCCUUCACUGUUGGUGAUGGGAGAAGAGAGAAGAGACGUGUACAAGCAGCCUCAUGGGUAUGUGUUCAAGGAUGACUCAGGGCACAAAAACUAUGGCUUGGUGACUAUUGACAGAGUUUGGAUGUUGGAUAGCAACAUGCUUCCAAUGUCAACACCGCAACAGAUAAAAGACUUAUGCUUAUCAUUUGCAUUGUUCAAGUUGUUGCGGUGCCGAUUUGCAAGGUACAAGGUCACUAAUAAUGCUGCCUCCAAGGAUACCUUCAGUUUUUUCUGGAGCUUGUUGCUGAAGGAUGGCGGACAUGACAGUGUAUUUGGGGUGAUUGCGGAUGAGCUUUCUUUUGUUCAUGACUAUUAUUACUCAUCCCUCCCGAUCUCCUAUUCAAAGUGUUGGCUGCCCAUCGUUGGUAUCUUUAUUUCACUCUUCAGCAUAGGUUACUGCAUCAUCGCUGCAGUCUUCCUCACAAUCUUGGUCGCACAGUACCUACAUAUUGAUUCCUCUCAGAUUUGGUGUGAAGUCAUUUGUAUUAAAAACCACCGGGUACAGCGGGUAAGCGACCCGGGAUACAUAUAUUUUGGAAGCUGGUACUUCGAUCUGGUACCAAUAUUUUUGCUUUUUAUGUUAGUCGUGAUAUCUGAGAAAUGGGUUGUCUUUCUGUUGCACCGCAGAUGCAAGCUGAUGAAUCACUGGGAUGAAAAAAUGGGCCAGUGCUCAGUACUGGUGCUUCGCCCAAGAACAACCUCUCUUUCUCUUCUCUGGCACCUUCUCCAUUUACCAGACCAGAAGAGGAAGGUUAAGGUGACAGCAGCUGUGAAGGUUUGUAUCAUCCGUGCAAUAAGAAGCAGUAGAAAUGGAAGCCUCAGCAGUGGCAGAGCAUCUCUGCUCCGCUGGAGUCAAGUUGACGAAAGGUUCCUCUGGGCCUGCGACAGCAAGAGUGCAUCUGGUACCAUACUUACAUGGCACAUCGCCACAAGCAUCCUUGAGGUGAGGCACCCGUGCCAACGCAAUCAAGAACAAGGUUCUCCACUUAUUUCUUCUGAAAAUAGGAUUGCUACCUCUCACCUGUCACGGUAUUGCGCGUACCUGGUGACAUGGUGCCCAGAACUGCUCCCUGACAACGACGAAUGGAGCAAGGACCUGUACGAGGAGGUCAAGAAGGACGCCGAGCUUGCCAUCGCCGGCCACGCUGCAGUGGGGUCAUCGACACCGGAGGCCAAGUACCAACACCUGGUCGAAUUACUAAGUGUGGACUCGAGGCAUGAAAUACUCAAGAACGGCGCGAGGCUCGGAAAGCAAUUGGUGGAGUUGACUGAAGGCGAGGAUACCGCGUGGAAUCUGCUGGCUGACUUCUGGUCGCAGAUGAUCCUGUACGUGGCGCCAUCGGACAAUCUGAAAGGACACUCGGAGGCCAUUGCCAGGGGUGGCGAGCUGAUAACGCUCCUCUGGGCGUUGCUCUUCCAUGCUGGGAUCGUCAGUAGGACCAGUGACACCGCCGGGGCUGCUACUGCUGCUGAUGUUGUAUAGUGCGUCAUGUGAUAUGUAUUAUUCAUGCUUGCUUCGCAGUUUGUUUUCUUGAUGCACGCAGUAUCUCCUUCUUGGUUUCGAUUCUUCAUCCUGGUGUGUUGUGUGUACUUGUUUCUAUAUGUAGAGUCCGUUUGAGCUGGCACAUUUAUCAAUGAUGUUGUUGUGGAUGUAUCUUGGUAAUCUAAGUAUUAACUAAUA